AUGGACCCCAAACUUUGUGCCCAGGACAUCCUUAGAUGUGACCUCUGUGAAGAUAGAGUUGUACAAAUGUACUGUAACUUAUGUCCUAUGAAUCUCUGUAUGGCAUGUGUUGGAAGGCAUGUCUUUGAUGUCUCUAAAAAGCAUGAUAUGGUUCCUUUUGAUUUAAGAAAAUCGAAACUUGUGUACCCUCAGUGUAUAACCCAUUCUGAAGAGAACUGUGAAAUGCAUUGUGAAGAUUGCAAUACUCCAGUGUGUCCUAAAUGUGUUAUUUCUGAGAAACAUAAGCGACACCGUUUCAAAAGUCUACAGGACUUAGUUAACUCCAAGAAAGAAAACAUUGAAAAGGAAAGAAAAAGACUGAAAGAAACGGUUUACUCAACAUUUGAAGAAAUUGUUACCGACAUAGAAACCAAGCUGGCUGAAAUAGACGGAAAAUACGAGAAACUUAUAUCAGAGGUCACAAACCAUGGUGAAGAAUGGCACAGAGAAAUGGACAAAGUUAUAGUAAUAAACAAGGAAGAAAUCAACGAGAAGAGAAACCAACACAGAGAUGCCCUAAAUAAACAUCUCCAAGAUAUAAAGAAACUUGUGGCUGAUGUUAAACAGUCUAUAUCAGAAACUGAAGACAUUUUACAAUCCAAAGAAGUCACCAGAUCACUAUCUUAUGAGAUAAAAUCAGAAAAAUUCACCAAACUACCAUCCAAACUGAUCGUUAAAUUUCCUGUGUUUACUGGAAAUAAUAAUCAACUGAAAUAUUCUCAACUGUUUUGUUCAAUAACACCAUUAUCCAUUACAAAAGAAGAACACGGCUACAGAAUGAAGACACCAGAAGCUGUAUCCUGUCCUCCAGUCAAACCACUGCUUGAUGAAUCAGAGCUCAUCUCCACAAUAGACACUGGGUUUAAAGGUCUAUACAGUGUUACCUGUCUCAGUGAUGAAGAAAUCUGGACACAUGAAGGAAACAAAAUCAUGAAACUCCACAACCUCCAGGGUAAACUACUGAAGUCAAUCCAAACCAAGUCUGGAAAGAUGCCACGUGACAUAGCAGUGACAAGGAGUGGAGAUCUAGUUUAUACUAGCCCUGAUACAAGAACUGUAAACAUAGUGAAGAAUGACCAGAUACAGGAAGUGAUCAGACUACAGGGUGAGAACAGGAACCUGGAUAUCUGUGUGGCUGACAAUGGAGCCCGUGCUGUAGUGGUGGUUAAUAAGGCAGGAAAACUCCGAUUUAGAUACACUGGUCAACUCUCUACUACCAAGAGAUAUUUAUUUAAUCCAUACGGCAUCACAACAGACAGCCAGAGUCAGAUCUUGACAUCAGACUUCAUUAAAAACUUUAUCCACAUCCUAGAUCAGGACGGACAGUUCCUCUGUUACAUUGAUAACUGUGGUCUACAGCAUCCAUAUGGUUUAUGUGUAGACAACAGAGACAACCACUUUGUGGCUGAGUGUUCCAAGGGUAAAGUGAAGAAAAUCAAAUACAUGUAA